UCAGUUUUGUUUCAAAUUCGCUAGCGAUCGAUCGUGCAAACAAGUUGCUCUCGAAUAUUUCUUAAUAGUGAAGUGGAUGAAAAAAAGUGUUUGUGAAAAAAAGUUUGACUUUUUCUGGUAAUUGGAAAGAAACACAAACUUUUGUUGGUGCAAAAAAAGUGUUAUCAAGAAAAAAUAAAAUAAAACUUAAUUUCACUGAAUAUUUUUAACUUCAUUUUUGUGAUAACCAUUUAAUAGUCCUUCGCCAUGAUUCGGUCACUGGUGAUUUUGUCGGUAUUUAUUGUAUCAUCUUCAUUUGGUCAACAAUUUACAACAGAGAAAAGAUAUUUUGAUGAUUUUGCGGGUCAGAGUUUUUGUGCAACCAGAAGUAGAAAUAGAGAAAACACGUGCUGUAACGAUCGAUUAGAUGAAUGCUCAGUUCCAAUUGCUGGUACACUGUGCUAUUGUGAUGAGUUUUGUGAUCAACAUAUUAAUCCAGAUUGUUGCCCUGAUUAUGAGCCAGUUUGUAAAGGGAUCGUAUCCGAUCCAAUCACUUACACAUGUGAAGUUGGUGACGUUAUUAUAAAAGAAUUUGAAGAAGGCAAAGUCAACUGUAAUUUAUGCAAAUGUAGAGCCAAAGGUCAUUAUGAAUGUGAGCAAGACGAAUGUUUAUCAGACACAGAUUUAAUCAGAGAUGUAAACAGUCACGGUUCUCAAUUGGGAUGGAAAUCUUAUAACUACACAGAAUUUUACGGAAAGAAAUUGAAGGAAGGCUUAACUUAUCGUUUGGGAACAUUUGAACCAAGAGUUAAAGUCAAAUCAAUGAGUCGUUUGGGACAUAACGCUGAUCAACUUCCAAGACAUUUCAAUUCAGCUCAACAUGAAGAAUGGAGAGAAUUUAUUUCAGAAAUUCAUGAUCAAGGAUGGUGCGGCUCAUCAUGGGCAGUCUCGACAGCUUCCGUUGCAUCAGAUCGUAUUGGAAUCAACUUGAAAGAAAGCCAAGAUCUCUCAUCCCAAAACUUACUUUCAUGUGUAAGACAUCAACAAGGCUGUACAGGUGGUCAUUUGGAUAAUGCAUGGAGAUACUUGAAUCGUGUCGGUGUUGCAGACGAUGAAUGCUACCCAUAUGAAUCAGCAGUCGGACGUUGUCUUGCUAAAAAGAGUGAUAAUCUCAGAACAAUGGGCUGCAAGUUACCAAACAAUCAACGAGAAUCCUUGUUUAAGAUGGGACCCGCAUACUCAUUGAAUAACGAAACUGAUAUUAUGUGGGAAAUUUCUACUUAUGGACCAGUUCAAGCCACUAUGUGGGUUUAUCCAGAUUUCUUUACCUAUCGUUCGGGCAUUUAUCGUAAAUCUCAAUUUGUCGAUCAAAAACCCAAAGGCUUCCAUUCAGUUCGUCUCAUCGGAUGGGGAGAAGAGAGCAAUGGAUAUCAAACUGCAAAAUAUUGGAUUGCAGCUAACAGCUGGGGAAGAUGGUGGGGUGAAAACGGUUUCUUCCGUAUUGCAAGAGGAACAAAUGAGUGUGGUAUUGAAGAUUACGUGAUUGCAGCUAUGGCUGAUCAUCAUGAUAGAAAACAAGCUAGAAAAGUUAGAUCACAUAUGAAGCGCAGCAACAGAGUUUAAAGUAAAGUGUUCUUAUAAAAGUGAUAUGGGUGCAUUAAUGCAAGUCAAGUCAAGUUAAUAAUGAAAUAAUGAAGGAUUUUAAAGCACAAAACAGCAUAAAUGCAAAAAAAAAAUAAUUAAUUCAAUGUGCCAACUAAUUAAUGAAAAAAAGUUAUUACUAUUAUUAUUAUUAUUUUUAUUACCAUUCGUUAAUAAGAAAAGUAUGAAAAUUUUUCUAUAAGCAACAAAUUAUUGCUUUAUUCAAUUGACAUUUGCUAAUAGAGCAUUUUUGAAUUGAUGUCAAAUAUGUUAAAUGAUGAUGAUAAAAAACCGUAUUGUUCAUUAUUUUUGUCUCUGAAUCCCAACUAUAGAUCGAUAUAGAUGUUUUAUUUAAUUUAUAGUGUUCUUCUAGUUGUUUAGGAUUUUAAACGAUUAUUAAUCUGUUCAUUAUAAAAAAAAAUUAUUACGUAUUGAUAAUUCAUCCAUUAAAUAAUCUCUUAGCGCACUCUUACUCUACUGCCCUUCAUUGAUUCAAAAUAUUUGUGUCCUCAAAAAUGUAUGCGAACUAAUUGAUCACUAAUAACUCGAUUUGAAUAAUUCAAAAUUUUCUGUAUCCAAUGCGCAUUUGAUAUUUGUUUUAGGGUCAAAGUGUCGAACUCUAAAUCUUAAUUGAAUUUUAAUUCAUAAACAUAUUUGAAAUGAUGAAGUCACAAAUGCAGAUUUUAUAUUUGUGUCUAUAAAUUGAAACUUGAAUUUCAUGCCAUUGAUCCAAAAACUUAAAAUUAAUGUGCAAAAAUUU